AACAAUUAAAGAAUACGAAAAGUUACAUCAGAGCUCGGCGUGGAGUUACAGUUAUCUUAGUAUUAUGAUCGCCGGUAUUUUAGUUUUAUAGUAUGACAUACUUGCCUUCAGUUUAGCUUCUGGCUAAAUCGGAUUUCCUGUAAGCUAUCGGACGGGCUUACGGUGCGGAAAGGGGAGCUCUGCUUACUGCUAGUCGGAUAACCUGUUUGCUUCGCCUGCUGGGAAAUGGAAAUAAAAUCAUGGGCGUAUUUUUAGCUGCUUGUGGAAAGUGUAGAGAGCCGGCGUAAACAGCCAUAGUUUGGGACGUAAAAAAAUGUAGCUAAUAGUUUCUGGUGCAGCUUGAUAAGCUGACAGUACAACGCUAAAGACGGCGCUAACAUAUAUGGUGGUGUUUGUGUGUGCCGGGAAUGCAGCCGCCACUCCCACCGGCCACGGUCAGAGAGCUUGUGCGCUCCUGCCUGCACAGGGACCCCGUGGCGGCCGAUCUGCGCUGUAGCCUCUUCGUGGCCGCCGCCCUGACGUACAAGCGCGACUCUGUCCUGCGACCCUUCCCCCGACGGUAUGCCAGUGAGGACAACAAGGAGUUUGAAGCUCUGCUGGCGGACGUGAGCUCCAUGCCAGGAGUGCGUGAGCUGGUCAGGUUGGGUCCCGGAGAAGGAGAGCAUCACUUGGCCCUGGCUCACUGGGUCCUUUCCUCCAGGAACUUUGCUGUGAGGACACUGCAGAGGGAUGAGUAUUCAAGAAUUUUGGAGUUGACUGGGUGUGAGGGCACUUCCAUGCCUUCCCCAGACUUCCUGUUUGAACUGGAAUACUGCAACCAGAUGAACGCUAUGUUCGAGAAGACCAGGGAUGGACGGGACAUCCUCUACGCAUUCCACGGCAGCCGACUGGAGAACUUCCACUCCAUCAUUCACAACGGUUUACACUGUCAUCUCAACAAGACCUCACUGUUUGGCGAAGGUACUUACCUCACCAGUGACCUCAGCCUUGCUGUGCUCUACAGUCCCCAUGGCAACGGGUGGAGGGAAAGCCUUCUGGGGCCACUGCUGAGCUGCAUCGCGGUGUGUGAGAUCAUAGAUCACCCUGACGUUAAAUGCCAAGUAAAGAAGAAAGACUCCGAGGGCAUGGACCGCAGACGAGCGAGGGUGAAGAACAGCGAGGGUGGAGAGGUUCCUCAGAAGUACUUUGUGGUCACAAACAAUCAGUUGCUGAGAGUGAAGUACCUCCUGGUAUAUUCUCAGAAGCGACGGAGUAACAGGCGUCCCCACGGAUCCUCCUGGCUGGCCCGACAUCACUUCGCCAUCACCAUGAGCCUCUAUCUUCUCCUGCUCGUGUUCAUCGGUGCCUUCAGCUCUGCCGGGUUCCAGGCCUUCUGGCACAGACUCUUUCGCUCAUAAAGAACCCCCCCCCCACCACCACAUCUUUCUGUCCACAUCCUAAACCAAGUGCCUUCAUUCCUUCCACAUGGAGUUAUUUACUCUCUGGGGUGCCUCACAAAAAGUGCACGGUUUCCUACGUGUUUUAUCACCUUUGCAUGUUCAAGGUUUUUUUGUGGGGUGUGGAACCAUUCGUUCCAUUUGUAUCUCAACCAACUUUCUUCUUUUAAUGAGUAAAAGAUCCUUGAUAUUUUCCACUACACUAAGUUUUUUUGCUUAAGGUAACACAUCCUUCAAGAGAACAGCAGGAAUGUGGGAGAACGUUGUGAAUGAUAUUGCUAGUCAUUUGAGGAUCUUGGCAGUGAUGACUCGUUGUGUUAGGACACUCUGCCCAUGAUCAGUAGGUCGCUGGUUCCGAUCUGUGUUGUGUCAGCUUGCUGUCUGCUGCUUGGUCUCUGAGGUUCUCAUUUUCUCUGUUUUGCUACCUUUACCAUUGUGUCAGUGCAAUAGAACGCCCCGUGGUGGUGUAAUCUCUAACGCUUGAUGGAAACACAACAGGAUCAAUGUCAAAACGUGGACUGUCUGCAGAUCCCCCCCCCCAAAGGAGACAAGGGUGCAAGUGGCAUUUUGUAGCAUCUUUUCCAGUGAUGGAAUUUCACUUUAGUGGUUCUUGUCAAGCUUGCUUCUCAGUUUGCGGGUCUUGAUGUAACGUGACCUUGAGUGGGUCAGAUAGCCCAAUGAGCCAGGCUUUGCUUUGUGUGUCCUGCAUGUUAGGUGUUGUCCUUUGUCACACAAUGUAGUCUUCAACCACUGAAUGUCAUUACCUUGGGUGGGGGAUACUUCUCAAUACCUCUUGUGAUUCAGGCUUCAUUAAUUCAUGGUACCUAAUAUCUUUUAGUCAUCUAUUUGAGUCUUUGUAUGAAUAACUGUAUUUUUACUUUAAUACCAAAUGAAUAAUAAAUCACUUUUAGUUCGAUCACUGUGGAGUUUGUCGUAGAAGCAGUUCCUCAGACCGGAUGCGUUAACAUAUCAGGUGAUCAUCUGCCUGUUCCCGGCCGCACAGCUCAUCCCGUUCUCUGCAUUUGUCGGCGCUGCAGAUCUCGGUCCACGUUGGCUUUAGGCUUGUUUGCCUAUUAUUUUGUUCACUAGGACUUCCUGAGGGUGCAGAAAUAAACAGUUUGAUUGUGUAUUUCUCCUGAACAUGCUAACUAGAUGUCUUUCUGGACAAGGAAGGUCACAUAGUAUCAAAGGAAAAUCAUCUGGUGCAAUGUGUGAACUGAGUUUUAGUUUGUUCAUUACUAUGUGUUUCAGGUAACCCUCAGUGUAUCAGUCAGUGUGUGAGCCCGUCUGGUUCUAGCUACCAAGAAAAUAAUCAAUUUGUUUGUAAAACUGCCUGCAUGCAAUUUAUAUAUAAAAAUGGAAGCAUAGUUCUAAAUGGAAACCUCAAGCAGUUAGAUGAAGUGAUGUGGAUCAUAUGUUGGAAGGUGUAUUUAAAACCUGGGUUGGUUUUGACCCAUAUUUUAUUAUUUUGAAGGUUCUUUGAAAGUGUACAUGGUGAUGGGUAUGAAUUAUAAUGUACAGUAUGUACAAAUUUAAAGUCAAAGAAUCAAUUGUAAACUGCAGAAAUACAAUGCAGGGUUAAUGUGCAGGUUAUAUGUUGUCUUUAGAGUGCAAAUGAAUAUUAGUAAAUAGAAAUUUUGUGUGGAA